GAAGAUCAAGACGUCAGUCGGAGUCCUCCUCAUUCACGACGACAUAGAGGUAUGAUGUCUGACAUGGUCUUGCCUUGGCUUCUCGUACGCUGGUUGCACAGCACCUAUCUAAGUGGUCGACCCCAGCUCAGCUGAGAACUGGAGACAAAUCCCCUCCGCGAUUCAUCGGACUCGUCUCGUCAUCUCCACCCCCCCUCGUCCUAGUAGAUUACAGACUAUCCUCCUCUACCUAGUAUCACAUACUAUCAAACACUAUAUAACCAUUCAUACAUCCACCAGCAGCCCUCUGUUCCUGAGUCCCCGCCAUUUUCCCAGUCCCCUCAUCAACCUCAAUCACAUCAUCCCUUCCAUCAUUUUUUCUUCUUAAUCCAAAUCAGCAAAGAUGUCCUACAACAACUUCGGCGAGCGUGAUAAUGAGUUCGGCUCCCAGCGUGGUGAGUUCGGCUCUGAGCGCGAGAAUGAGAGACGGGGCGAGUAUGGCCAGGGCUCCUCCAACUACGGCUCUGAGGACCGUGACAACGAGUACGGUUCUUCCAACUAUGGAUCCAGCAACCAGAGCUACAAAAAUGACGCCGGCUACAAGGGCAACGCCGAUAGUGACGAGCCUUCCCGCUACGGCUCCAGCAACAGCUAUGGCUCUAGCAACAACAACAGCUAUGGCUCUGACAACAAGCAGAACAACUCUUCUGGUGACGGCGGUUUCGUUGGCAAGCUUACUGGUUUCAUGGGCGGCUCCCAGAACAAGAACGACAACGACAACCAGCAGCAGUCCUCCAACAGCGAAUCCAAAGGCGGUUUCAUGAACGCCUUCAACAACAUGGCCGGUGGUGGUGCCAAGGGUGAGAAGAACGAGGAUCUCCUGGACAAGGGCAUCGACUUUGUCCAGGAAAAGUUCCUCGGCCAGGGCCCUCAGAACAACGAGAGCGCCGUCGAGCAGGCCAAGGACAAGAUGAUUGCCCAGACCAUCCGCGAUGGCUACAAGAGCUCUACUGGCAAUGAGUUCCCUAUCAAGAGCAAGGAUGACAACAACUCGGGCAACGAGAAGAAGUUUGGUCUUUUCUAAACCGAAUAGGUCUUGAUGUCCAACCAAAGGAAAAAGGCAUGGUUUGUUUAUGGUGAUUGGGUUAAUACUCUUUGAUGGCAGAGAGUGGAAUUAGAUACCUGAGUAUCGUCACGAGUUUACGACAUUUCUAAUACCGACCGGAAAGGAGACAAGAUAAGUCUCCUAGUUUCUCUCACGUCCCUGAAGUUUCUCUCUUGAUGAACAUAGUUUGUGAUCUCGAAUUGAAUUUAGCUCUUGUACUCG